GCUCGACAAGCUGCUCUUGUGAAGAAGCUGAUCAGACUACAGUCAUUCAUACCUAAAUUCAUCAGAGAUGGGCUACCCAACAAUGCUACAGAAAAUUGGUGGCCAAGGAGGUUCUUCAUUUUCAUUUACUGGUGAAAACAAUGGUGCCAGUUUAGAGAAGAUCUGGGUUUGGGUGGGAGGAUGGCAGAUCAAGGCUGUCAGGGCUUGGCUUUCAGAUGGUAGAGAUGAAACCUUUGGAGAACCAUCUGGAUCACAUCAAGAGUAUGUGUUUUCACCUGGAGAGUGUUUCACCUCACUGUCCCUCUGGGGGAACGGAGCAGGAACACGUCUUGGAGCCAUCAAAUUCAAGACCAAUAAGGGUGGAGAAUUUUUUGCAUAUAUGACAAGUUGGGGUUUAAAAACAGAAUAUCCCAUGGAUGUCGGCUCUGGUUAUUGUCUUGGCAUUGUUGGAAGAGGUGGUUCAGACAUUGACUGCAUGGGGUUCAUGUUUCUCAAUGCAGUUCAGUCAACAGUUCUCACCAAUGUCAACUAUCCCACCAUCAACCAGCUGAUCCCAAAAGUGGCCACGGAAGAGAUCAAGUCGAUCAAUUUUGAAAACAAAACCUCUGUUAAGCAAGAGCAAAAAGUUGAAACCUCAAAGAAAGUGAUCAAAAGAUCUUCAUGGUCUAUGACUAAGAGCUUUUCAUCAACAUUCAGCGUGGAGGUGAAGGCUGGGAUUCCAGAAGUUGUAGACGUUUCUACAGGAUUCAGUGUCAGCUUUGGAGUUGAAAGCACCUAUAGUCUGGAGCAGACAGAUGAGAAAAAUGAAACUCUGACCACCACAGUGGAAGUCCCGCCAAAGAAGAAGGUGGAUGUUCACAUCACCAUUGGCAGAGCCAGUUUUGACCUGCCGUACACUGGCACAGUGAAGAUCACUUGCAAGAACGGCAGUGUGUUACAGUAUGAAACCAAGGGCCAAUACAAAGGCGUCACUUACACUGAUAUCAAAGUGAAUACAGUUGAAAAAGAUCUGUAAUGUCAAGAUGGAUUGUUCUUUUCUGGCUACUGGGUUAACCAGCAAUGAUUUAGCUUAUUUACCUUUGAUUAGGUUUUUUCUGUGCUCUCAUUCCUCUGACUAGUUUUGAAUGAGUCUUUGUUUAAUAAUUUAGAAAAAAGGAAAUGUAUACUCAGCCUUGUCUUUUUAAAAUAAACUUUUCUGAUUCUGUUUCAGAAUGGUCAAAUAGCUUUAUAGUAGUUUUGUAACCCGUACCAGAU